AUGUAUAUGGAUGAUAUCAAGCUCUAUGCAGGUACUGAAAAUCAACUGAAGGAAAUGCUGGGUCUGGUUAGAACCUUUUCUGCUGAUAUCUGCAUGGCAUUUGGUCUGGAGAAGUGUAAGACACUCAGUGUUGUGAGAGGUCAAGUCGUGGCACAAAUGGUUGAUGAGGACCUGGAGAGUGCUUUUGCAGCGAUGGGGCCAAGUGAUGUCUACAAGUACUUGGGCUUUUGCCAGGCUAGACAAAUAGACCAGAAGAAUGUCAAGCGGAAAAUGAAAGAUACAUACCUGACCAGACUGAGGAGACUUUUGAAGACUCAGCUAAAUGGCAAUAAUAUGUUCAAGGCCAUCAACACUUAUGCAAUGCCUGUGCUGACUUAUUCAUUCGGUGUUGUUUGUUGGACUGCAACUGAUUUGGAAGAUCUUAUGAGAUCAACAAGAGUGCUCCUCACUAAGUUCAGAGCUCAUCACCCCAAGGCCUGUAUGGAGAGGCUCAUAUUGCCAAGAAAGAAAGGCGGGCGCGGGCUCAUUGAUAUAAAAUGGGCUUGUGAGAGACAAAUCGGAAGCAUGAAGACAUACUUCAUGGAGAAGGAGGGUGGCUUGUAUGAAGUGGUGAGAAAAGCUGAUAAAGGGUACACUCCACUUAAUCUUUCUGAGCUGCCUACUGCGGACUUUAAAACCAACAGACAGCAUGAGAGUGAGAUCCUGGAGCAAUGGAAGUCGAAGCAGCUUCAUGGAAGACAUGCAUUUGCCUUAUCUCAGCCUGGAGUUGAUGAGGAGGCUUCCAAUGCAUGGCUUUGGCACAGGGACCUGUUUAUUGAAACGGAAGGAUUCUUGGUGGCAAUUCAGGAUCAAGUAAUCGCAACAAAAAAUUAUCAAAGGCAUAUAAUGAAGCUGCCUAUAAAUGAUGAUUCAUGCAGACGUUGUGGCUUGGCAUCUGAGACUAUUCAGCACAUCAUGUCUGCAUGUCAAUCACUGGCAGCUACUGACUAUUUAAAGCGCCACAAUGCAGUAGCUGGGAUCUUGCAUCAGGACCUUGCUCUGAAGUACCAAAUCAUCAAUAAGAAGCUGCCCUACUACUUGUACAGGCCAUCCCCAGUCUUGGAGAAUGAGACACAUAAGUUAUAUUGGGAUCGGUCGGUGCUGACAGACAGAACAGUUGCUCAUAAUAGGCCAGAUAUCAUCCUCAUGGAUAAGGUAGCCAAGGAAACAACACUAAUAGAUGUUGGCAUACCAUGCUGCCACAACUUGGACCAGUAUUAUAAUGAAAAGGUCUCCAAGUACCUUCCUUGGUUGCUGAGAUCAAGGAUGUCUGGAUGCAAGAAAAGGUCACAAUUGUUCCUGUCAUUAUCUCCACGGUUGGAGUUGUAA